CAAUGGAUCGCAAAAAACAUCCCUGUAGAUGUCCAGGAAAUAACAAGAAAUUUUGUAAACGUAUCCAAUUUACGGAUUGUAAAAAUGUUCAAGAAAUUAUUGAAGCUCUCUUAUUUCAAGAGGAGCUUGAGAAAGAAUACAAAAAAUGCAAGACUGUUCAACGUCCAUAUUUCAAAACCAAGCCAUUUAAGCCACGCCAUUACAAAGACACGUGCGUGCCUAUGACUCCAUCCAUGCAUACUAGGUUGCGGUAUAUAACUCAUUGUCCUAUCGAAUCAAUGGCACCAUCUUACCAAAAGUCAAGAUCAACGCUUCCUGAUUAUGGCCUUGGUUCUUCGUCUGAAGAAUUUGAUGGCAUAUCAGGAGGCAGAAAGAAAAAACAAAAGAAAAAAGUGCGGUAUUACGAUCUCUUACCUGGAGAUAUACAUUUGCCGGAACCAACGCCUGUCAUAAAACAUACACCAUCAGAUAAAUCAAUAUUAAAAGUACCGAGUCCAAAAACAAGCGGGGAAUUUAUCGGCGUGCAGCGAGCGAGUGUACAGCCUAAAGAAUUACAACCUCCCUUGCCCGCGCAAUCGGGACACGAAUUAGUUAAACCUCACAGUGGUAUCGUGAUCAACGCAGAUAAAGAUUUUGUUGUCGAUAUACCUGUUGUAGGCGGACCGGGUAGGAAAGGAGUUAAAAGAAGACGUCGUAAAGCAAGGAUUUGUGGUUCGAAAAAAUGUGCUGGAAAAAAAUGUCGGAAAUGCGCUGCAAUUCGAAAACGGUUACGAGAAGCAAAGAGAAGCCAUCAUUCGGAUCUUCCGUACACAACUAUAGGAGUGACUGAUGGAAAGCCGAGGGCUAGAGGCACACAAAAACAUUUGAAAGAUGACGAUUCUGUCUGCGGACUUGAUGAAAUUCCGAAGCCAGAACAUGUACACAUUCCAGCGAAUCUCAAAAGAGGAACAUUAAAAACUCACUCGUUAACAGUGUUGCCAUGCACUAAAGAGAAAAAGGCUGAUAUCCAUUACGGCAUUUUAACUGGGUCUUUCAACAUGUACGACAGUAAAUUUGGCAACAGGUCGCGAGGUCGGCAGGCGCUGACGAUGAGCGUGAUGGCCUACUGCCUCGCCUUCCAUUACCAUCCCAAGCAGUGGACGAUGAAGCUCAUUGACAAUCUCAUAGACGCAGGGGAUCAGUGGUAUUUGCAAUGUCUAGAAAAAGUGCACGAUCAUUCGUCUGUUCAAGGCAUGUGCGAAGUGUUGCCAUUCGGUAAAAAACAAACGUUGAAUCUAAACGGGAAGCGAAUGCAAGUGUUAUUGGGAGAGCCUGAUGUGGUGGGCUACACGAUGUCUCUCGAUCCGACUGUAUACAAUCUGUGUAGAGGUUUGAAAGCAUUCUUUGCCGAUAACAGGGCUGGUAUCUUACUUACUCGCGUCUUGAAGCUAGUGAUAUGGAAGGACAAAAUAUGUUACUACAUCUUCGACCCGGCCGGCAGAGAUUCUCGUGCGUAUUCAAACUUCACAAACGGCUCUGCAGCUCUAAUAAACGUCAAAGAUGUAGCGUCCGUGGCUGAAGUUGUUUUGGCUCGAAGUGUAGUAGAAGAUCAAAAGUUUGUACUAGCUCCUAUAAAGGUCCUCAAAAUGGUGGACGAAAAUGCAGACGAAGAUUUCGAAUCGGACAAAGAAUUGACUCAAGCGGAAAAAGCAAUGAUGAGUUACAGAAUUUUAAAUGAGAAUUGCGCAAUUGUUAAUGCUAACAUGCAUCUUGGAGACAGAUGUUUCGAAGACACUAAAUUCCGUCAGGCUUUACCUAUUGCUGUGGUGGCAAUGACCUAUGCAAAAAUUUCUCCUCCGAACACGUGGUUUACAAAGACUCUGGAUAAAAUAUUACGUUUAGGUAACAAACUAUAUGUCGAAUGUGCUCAUCCAAAAGUCGUGAUCGAUAUAACGAUAGACAACAUUCCUAAUGAGAUCAAUCUCGGUCCGUUCGCGUGCGAGAUAAUAAUAUAUAGAGAAAGAAUAAAAGGGCAACUGUUUACUACUAAAGAUUGCUUCCUUAACAUAAAAACGGGCUUGGAGGAAUUCUUUAAUCGUGAAUACAACAGUGGUAUACUGGAAUUUAACAAUUAUUCUCUCGCUGUAUGGAGACAGAAAGACAUGUAUUAUUUAUUUGAUUGCUAUCCACGCACUAAUGAUGGUUUACGAUCGCAUACUGUGGGCAAGGCAUGUUGUUGGAUGCUAUUGAACCCGGAAACAAUGGCGUCGGUGUUUACCAAAAACUGGGAUUACCUACCGGUUACUACUCCGUUUUGUAUUCACGCAUUUAAAGUACUCAAGCUAAAGAAGCGAGAACCUAAGAAACAAAUUGUAUGUACCCUAAGUGACGAGCAGUUACCUGGUGGCAAGUUCAAGAGAAGGGAAAAGUACUUGGUCUCUAGUAAAGGUCAUGGCGACGGCAAGGAGGUUGUCCAUGAAAUUCUUGCUGCGGAACCUGUAGACGACGAUGUAAGAAAGUCUCGUGUCGACGAGGAACAAAUGGGUGACAUUAUAUCGUUAGUUGAUAGCAUACAAGAUGACUAUCUGCCGCCGAUACCGCUGCGAUACAAAAAAAUGGAACCCGAGCCGGAACAACCGAAAAUUGUGAACCUGGACUCGCCGACGGUGUCGGUGACGCAGGUGGUGCCGCCAUGGCCGGCGCCGCGCGACAAGAGCCGCGAGCCUCCCGAGCCUGACCCCGACCCGGAGCCCACGCCGCCGCCCACACCGCCCCCCAUGCCUCCACCAGAAGGAGGGGCAGAGGAAGAAGCAGAAGAAGAAGAGGAAGAUGAGGAAGCGAUACUUAGAAAGAAAGAAGAGAGGGAAAGAAAGAAAGCGGAAGAAGAAGAAGCGAGAAGGAAAGCCGAGGAGCUGCCGCCGCCGCUACCGCCGCCGCCGCCAUCGCCACAGCCCGAACCUGAAGUUGCGCUCGCGCCGAUAGAGAUUGUUGAAGACGAAGUUCAAACGUUUGAGCCGGUCGACGUGGAUCGUAGGAUUCUCUUGACCGAGGACGCUCGCCAGCGAUCCAAGCUACGCCAGUACCGCAAGAAACUGACUCCGCCGCUGGACGAAGUUCUUGUAGAAUCUACACCGUCUGAGGAACUUUAUAAGCCGAUGAAAGUACCGGAGGACUACGACUAUUCAACUGGUGCGCCUGCAUCGAGUAAAUCCAAACAGACGUUAGUCGAUUCUGACAAGCGCAAAGACAAGAAAACUUCCGUUGAUUAUACUGAACCGAAAAGCGAAACUGUUAUCGGUUAUCAACAGAUUCAGGGCCUGUACAGAAUCGAAGGAACUACUUGUCUCAAUGACAGAUCACCUAGUUCAGAAGUGAAGGCUUCACAUUUCGUCAGUUUAAUUGCAAUGCUAAUGGCCGCUAUGCAUCCAAUAAGAACAUGGGAUCAUUUCAUGGUCGACACGUGUAUCGAAAAAGGCUUAGAGAUAUUUGAAAAGGCGACGAAUUUAAAAGUCUGCGAAAAGAGAGUAAUCAAGAACAUUAUACUGGAGGGAAAAUUAAUAGAUGUCAAUAUUAAGAAAAUUCUUGUAAUAAAUGAAAAUCCACAGAAAACUUUAGAACAAUAUUUGAAUGCGGUUUUAAGACGACUACGUUUUGUUAUAAUUAGAUUCCCCGGUUGCAGUAUAGUUCUAUGUCGUAUGGAUGGAUACUAUCACCUUUUCGACCCAAAUCCACCGCCGGCCAACGAAGAGCCGGAAGUUACGGCUGAAAGUAAAGAACCAAAAACUCCAGUGAAAUCUGAACGUGCCGUGGCAACAUGGACUCUGUACCGUUCUAUAGAUGCCGUUAUUCGGAGGAUACGAGCUACGGUCGCAAAAGCAGAUCAUCCAGAAUUCUAUACAUUCGAACUGACAUCGGUAAAAUCGGCACCGAAACAUUCAGCUCUGAACUAUCGUCUCAGUCCGCUCUUCAAACCCGACCAAAAUCCAAAUUUGCCAUAUUUAAGGCGCAGAAAACCAAGGCCUUUGAUCGACGAGAAAAUGUACUGGCUAAAUAUUGAAAUGAUACCGUGGUCACGAAUGAAUCCGUUUAACGAUGCAGGAAUCAAAAGAGGCAUACCAAAGUCUAUGUGGAAGGACUGGGAUAUCGAAUUUCCCGGUGAUCUUUAUUCACUGUGGGGUAACAUACAUCCUUUAGAUCCGCGAUUCGAGGAGGAGCACCGCGGCAAGCAGUACUUGGCCACUUGCUGUGUGGCCGCCUUCAUGACGGAGGUUUGCAACCUGAGCGCCUGGACCAGCAGUCUGCUCGAUGGCAUCGUGUCCGGCGGCGACAAAUAUCACGCCAAAACAUAUGAAAAAGUAGGAGGUGAUGUCAAUCACGAAAUAACUGUCGAAGAUUUGGAUACCACAUUCAAUGGCUUGUAUCCGUUCACGUUUUCGGUUACCUUUACUAAAGUCAUAUUUGGAUUCGUCUACAAUACAUAUCCGGAUAGGUUUAAUUUGAGCAAAGCUUUGGAAUACUUUUUCGAAAGUAAUCGACUUGGUAUAUUGGUCAGCCCUACAAAAAAUUUAUCUUUUGGAAGAAUAGGUCCUUCAUAUUUCAUGUUCGAUUGCCAAAGUUAUGGAGCCCCAAUAUUUUCGCCGGGACAAGGGGCUUCGUACAUUCUUAAAUGUGAAAGUCUCAACAGACUAAUUUACUGCAUCACUGUUACAUUGAAUUUAAGAAGACACGGUCAGCAGUUUCAUUUAUACAAUUUAGCUGUUAAAGCAACUGAGGCCAAAUAAAGUGUUUAUGUGUUGUGUACAUUUUUAACAACUUUUUAUGUAUGAUUUGCUAAAUUGUAUUCAAUCAAUAUUAAGACCCUAUUCGUACGGGCGCUUUUCUAACGCGCGUUAAAAAAUCGUUCAAAUUUAAAAAAAAAAAUUCAUCAUCAUACG